AUGGUUUCUAAAAGCGACGUAGCUCUGAAUAUUGAUCGAGUUGCUAGCUUUGGCGGAGUGGUCCGUGAUGUAGAAGGUGUGUGGAAGAUUGGUUUCAAUCGUAAUCUUGGGGACUUCUAUUCUCCCAACGUUUUCCUUGUCGAGCUUCUUGCGGUGCAGUCAGCCAUCAAUCUUAUUAUCAACCUUGAUUUCCCUCAAGUCAUAGUGGAAAGUGACUCCAUCGAUGUAGUAAACUUGCUUGAUGGCCAGGAUGUGUCUUCUCAUCAAUAUGAACACAAUGUUCUUGACAUACUUCAACUUAAGGCAGCUCAUGGAGCUCUAGUUAUCCGAUAUGCUCCAAGGGAAUUGAAUUCCUUGGUUGACUUUUUAGCUAAGGUAGGACUGUCUCUGGACUUUGGAACUCAUACAUUUGACUCUCCUUUCGGUGAGUGCCACUCCCUUCUGUUUCGAGACUUGACUCUUUCCCCAAUCCCUCCUGUAGGGUCUAGUAUUCGUUAG